CGGGGCGUGUGCAAGGACAGAUGGCAGGGCGUCUCUCCCGGGCCGUGUCGCAUGCACUGUCAGUUUCGCUCGGAUAUUCGUACACGAGUUUUAUCGUGCUUGUUCUACGACCAUCGUGCUCCUCGCAGAGAACUAAACUCUCGACACGCUCUCGAUUCUCCUACCUUUUUCUCAUUCGCGCGUAACCUCGAAUCGUUUUAAAUCGUUGACAAAUAUAUAUUUUGUUUCGUUCUUUAAAACUGGCUGAUCAAGGAAAUCGAGUCGGCCGUCGCUUCGAAUUCGUCGGGGCAAUUUGAUUUGCAUAAUAGAAUACACCGGGGAAAGGAAACGAGACACGAUUGGAUAUAUCUUUUAUCCGUACUGUUUUACGGAAUACUGCUACUUUACCGAGAGAGAGAGAGAGAAAAAAAGACGCUGACGGAUUACCCAACGAGCGUAUAAAAGGCAUGUUGUAGCGGGAAGACGAGAAUAGUCGUAUAUCGAGGAAACAAGAGGCUAUGAGGAAGAAGUAUCGAGGACGAUUUCAAUGCAUCCCGACGCGUAGAUCCCGAAUAGCAAAGACAUAAUGGCGACAUCGAGUGAAAAACCGAAGGAAAAUCGGAUGCUAUCGAUUCGUCCGAUACUACUUUCUCCUCGAUUUUAAUUCCGCGCCUUUGUCGCGAGAUGCUAUAUAGAACGAUCGUUUCUGGAUUAUUGCAUCACCGUGGGAGGAAAUUAACGCAGCGUAGAAGGGAUAACAUCGAAAUAAUUGAUAAGUGAAACUCGUGAUUAAAAAACUUGACACCUGUAACAAAUUCUAUUUCAUCGUGAACAAGCCGAGAUCAGUUCUGGUGUACAUUUAUUCGAUACCGCGACGGAUAUAUCGAACAACAUCGUGGAUCGACUAUGAGAGAGAGAAAUAGAAAAUGAAGGGUUUAUUUUUUACCCUCAGUUUAUUAUUUUCCGUGCAAGGACUUGCCCGGAGCACGUCCGAUCAGGAGAUGUACGAGAAUCGGUCGUUAGAACCACUCGACCGUGGACCGUACUUUGAUGUGUCAGCUUCUCGAAAUGUCACCGCGUUGGUCGGCAAAACAGCCACCUUAAACUGUCGUAUACGGAAUUUAGGCGACCGCACGGUGUCAUGGGUGAGGCACAGGGAUAUUCAUCUUUUGACUAUCGGGAUUCAAACAUACACUUCGGAUCAACGAUUUGUGGCAUCACACUUUCCUAGAACUGAAGACUGGACUCUUCAAGUAAAAUAUCCUCAACGACGUGACUCAGGGACUUACGAAUGUCAAGUGUCAACCACACCUCCGAUCGGUCAUUCCAUGCAUCUCUCGGUUGUAGAACCUGUCACAUCGAUCGUCGGCGAACCAGAAAUGUUCAUAAACAAAGGCAGCACUAUGAACCUAACCUGUGUGAUACGUCACAGUCCAGAACCACCGAGCGCCAUUUAUUGGACCCACAAUCACGAGGUGAUCAACUACGACAGUCCAAGGGGCGGUGUAUCGGUGAUCACGGAAAAAGGAGAAGUUACAACCUCGUAUCUUCUAGUGCAACGUGCUCAGCCUGCUGAUAGCGGACACUAUACCUGCCAUCCAAGUAACGCCAACACAAAAACCGUGCUGGUACACGUACUUAACGGAGAACAUCCAGCAGCGAUGCAACACGGUGGCCAACUCAGACUGGCGAAUCUACCCUUCGUAAUGAUCUCAACGACUCUGCUGGCUUUCCUGAAUCAUCGUUAUUGAAAAGCAACCAGCACAGGGAUCAGGAGACGCCCGUUUUGCCUGGUUACGUUUACAUCGCUGGUUGCUGCUUUUUCAAAAGAGGACAAGAAGAACCUUAAUCAACAUGGGACUGGCAGUCAGCGUGAAAGUAUACGAAUACCAUUAUUAAAAAAAAAAUGAUACCUGUUGAUGGAACGAUAAAGUGAUCUCUGUCGUGUUUCUGGUUGAAAAAAAGAUCCAUGACUGAAUGAAAAAAUCGGUGUAGGAGUUUGGACCAUUCUAGAGCACAGUUAUGUGCUGAAUGUAUCUAAAAAAAAAAAGUAGUCUGUUGUCUUGAGAUAAAAAAGAAUUCAUGUACAGAGUGUUCCAGAAUGAAAAUCUUCUAUUAGCUGUAAUACUCUAUUCAUUCCUGUAGAUUUUUCAUUUUAUAAUAAUGAAAUACCCUAGAGCCUCCCUCCAUAAAAAAAGCAUUUUUAGUAGGACGAAGGAAACACGUUAAAAAUAGAUAUUACUGAAUAUAAUUCUAAUGUAAUAUUUAAUGAGAUGGUUGUACUAAAAUAUGUAUGAACACCAGGAGCCCUUGAGAACCUUCUAAGUAUCCAUCAUGGCAAACCUGAAGUCACUUCCUCAUAAAUAUAAGAUUGUAAUUCAUUAACGACAACUCUGCCACUUCUAUUCGUAUUCUGGAAUACUCUGUAUCUAAAGGAAACAUAAAAACGCUAUCGGUGGUAGUAAUAUAGUUCGUUCAAGCGAACCGAUUAACAUCGGGAGAGAAAAGGGUGUACGAUUUUUUUAUUUGCUGUGUUACGGUCACAAGACAAUACGCUGUACUUGCCAAAGGAAACGUACGAAUUAUUGUUGAAACAAUGCGAUUAAGAUUUUUAAUUGUUCUGUUUAUAUACGAUACGUAACUCUAUAUGGUAUACAUAUACAUAUUAAUAUAUAUAUAGAAAGAAAGACUAUGUUAUACUUGGAAACAAAUGGCAAAGAAUCGCCAGGAAUUUGUGUUCAGUUGUAAAAUGGUGGAACGUGAAUCACCUUUGACCACGUUAAAUUGAGGAUCUGGAUUAGAAGCGUGAAGUAAAGCUGGAUUAUCUUCGAAUUGAAUCUAUACGUUCGGCAAAUUGUAGUUUCAAAUGGAGAAAACUGUUUCGCGCCGUAAAAAGAGAAAGAUUGUUAAUGAUUUUUUACUCAAUUUGUUUUUUUUUGGUUCUAUCCGGCGAGUGUAUUGAUGUCUGAACGAACUAGCGGCUUUUAACAGUGAUUCUAAACGAUUCUUGGACUAUGUUCAGAUUGGAACCGCAUGAAAUUACUUGUCAUACAUAUACGAAUUACCAUAAUUUGUACAUCUCAUUGAAAAUUGCUGAUACAUUGGUAUUAAGAGUCAGCAACAUUGAACCAGAAAAUGAUAAAUUGUACUUAAAGCGGUAUUUUCUUGAUAAUGACACAGUAUUUCUAAUAAGAACAUAUUCCUGAUUUAGUAACCGAUACUACCGGUAAUCAGUUAUCGCAGUAUGGAAAACGUUGAACUAAAAACUUUAUAAGGAUCUAUGAUUAGAAGCGGUGUAUGAUGAUGAAUUUCGUUUACUAUUCGGUCUGAGGUUUCGCGUUGUCUGUUCUGCAAUAUUCUGAAACGGCUAAAUACGGUCCACAGUUUUUGGGCAUCUCAGCUCAGGGCAUACUUCCACACCGUUUCUGGUGACGUAGAAUCGCAAUUUAUAAAGUGUUCAUUGUGUAUUAAGCAUUUUAUUUCGUCGUCGGUGUACACACGAAAGUGCAACACACAUAUUUAGCAAGAAUGAACGAUCAUUUAUUGUUAGAUUUCAUCUACGUUGACCUGUAACAGGUCUUUACAUAAAGUCUGCUACACGAACAAACUAAUUUUCAUCUAUUGUUAAGUGGAAGCCAAAUUGAAGAAGAGAGAAACAUGGUGAGAAAUGAAGAAUGUUGAAUGAGUGGACCUACUUAGAUUGGGAAAUUAAUUCUAUAAUUGGACCAGAAUUAACGACUGUUGUAUUUUAUUUAGAUAAGUUUUCAAACGAUAAGCGUCUAUUACGUACACGUUGUUAACAAAAAGAUCAAGUUUCUCUUCGUAAUCGUCAUGCGUGAUUUUUCGUGUGAAUGUGAGCAUAUAA